AUGGGGACUGGAUCAAAGCUAAAGCAGCUAAAAGAGAAAUACUUUAGUCUUCAAGAUGGGAGUGUAAAGCAAUUCCAGGAGAUGAAGACCCUAUGGGGUAUCAAAAACUUCAUUGACUUGAAUACAUUUUCAGAUCCUCUUAAUGGAUACCUUAUCGAUGAUUCUUGUGUUUUUGGUGCUGAGGUUUUUGUUGUUGAAAAAACAUUCAAAGGGGAUCACUUAUCAUUGAUGAAGAACUAUGAUACUCUCUACCAUACAUGGAAAAUUGAGAAAUUUUCAACUUUACUUGAGGAAUAUUAUGAGUCAGAAUCAUUUGGAUUCUAUAAAUGGAAUGUUGGUCUGUACCCAAAUGGAUAUGGAGCCGGCAAGGGCAACAGUAUUUCACUAAUUCUAGGUCAAUCCAUACAUAAACCCUCAAAAAAGAUCUGUUAUAAUAUCAUGGCAUUAGAAAAACUGAAGAAUCCAAAACAUGGUUUCUUGGUUGAUGACACUCUCAUUAUUGAAGCUGAAGUUAAAUUGGUUGGAUUUGUCACAAAAUGGUCGACUUAA